AUUGUCUGCUCCUCCUCCGUUCCUUUUUUUUUGAUUUUUGGAAUUUUAUGUUCCACCAUUCUUAUACUCUUCUCUCUUUCUCAGAAGCUGCAAAACCACAAACCAUAGCCGCAAGAGAGUGAGAGGAGAGAUUGAGAAUUCUCUUUUGUGAGCAGUCCGAUGAUACUUGUGUGUCUAGGAAUCAUCAUCACACUACAACGUAUUCACCUGAGUUCUGACAACAACAUUUUGAGGAAACUUACAUAAGAGAGAUGGCUGAAAACGGCGUCGUUCCAGGAGGAGGAGGAGGGCGUAACGUUAUGGUGGGCGUGAAGUUCGAUGAGUCGAGCAAUGAGCUGCUUGAUUGGGCUUUGGUUAAGGUUGCUGAACCGGGUGAUACCGUCAUCGCUCUUCAUAUUCUCGGCAAUGAGAUCGUUGAUCGAGCAGACAACUCUUCGCUUAUCUCCAUUGUUAAGAAUUUUGACUCUGUUCUUGAAGUCUAUGAAGGUUUCUGCCAAUUGAAACAGGUGGAGUUGAAGUUGAAAUUAUCCCGAGGUUCUUCUUCUAGAAAGAUUCUAGUUAGAGAAGCAAAAUUGUGUUCUGCAUCUAAAGUUGUAGUUGGAAUCUCCAGACGUUACCAUACAAUUCAUUCAUCUGUCUCCGUGGCUAAGUACUUAGCCAGAAAAGUAUCAAAAGAUUGUUGUGUUCUGGCUGUUGACAAGGGGAAAGUCAUGUUUCAGAAAGAUGGCUCCUCAUCGAUCAUUCAUCACUCUCAAGGAAAAAGCGAUGCUCGUAGGACCACUUUGUCUAAUUUCUUUCAGAUGCCUACCACAAUGAAAAAGAAUACAAAAGUAGUAAACCAUCCCGAGGAGGAAGAGGAAGAGUCGGAGGAGCAUCAUUCCAAUGGCCAGAGUCUACGGCGUUCUUUAGUCUCUGCAUGCCUUGGGAAUUGCUCAGUUCGUGAUAUGAAUUCUAUGCCUUCUGAAUCUUUAAGUUCUAAUGGUGAUCAAGAUGAUAAUGCGGAUUUCCACAAGGCCAUGGCGCUUGUGCCCGCUAAAUUUCCAGAAGAUUUGAACCGAUUCAUUACUAUGCUGGUAAAGGAACUGCCUGAAUUUAGACCAGGUUGGCCUUUGCUUUGUCGUGUAGCCCCUUCAGAUGUAUUAGCUUCUGCUCCGCGAAGCUCUUCGUUCAGAAAGAUACCAGUUGUCCAGUGGGUGCUGAAGCUACCUUCUAGGACCAAUUCUGUUGUUGGAGACACUAAGCAGAUUGGUUUUGAUUCUUCAGAAUCUGAAGAUACUAAGCUUUUGUCAACUGUUCCUGAUGAAAAUGAUUCUACGAUCGUGAAAUGUUCUCUUGAUUCUAGCUCAAGUAGAUUCCUAGAGGAUGUGGAUGAUCUUCGGGCGAGGAUAUCCACAUCUUGCCAGUUUUUUAAGUACAAGGAACUUGUGUCAGUGACAUCCAAUUUCUCUGCUGAUAAUUUCAUCGGAAAAGGAGGCAACAGCCGGGUUUUUAGAGGUUACCUGCCAAAUGGAAGAGAGGUUGCAGUGAAAAUUCUCAAGCAAACCGAAUGUGUGUUGAAGGAUUUUUUGGCAGAGAUUGACAUCAUCACAACCUUACACCAUAAAAACGUUAUUUCACUCUUAGGUUAUUGCUUUGAAAACCAUAACCUAUUACUGGUAUACAAUUAUCUCUCAAGAGGAAGCCUUGAAGAGAAUCUUCACGGCAACAAAAAGGACCUUGUUGCAUUUCGUUGGAACAAGAGAUAUAAGGUGGCUGUGGGAAUAGCUGAGGCCUUGGACUAUCUGCAUAAUAAUGCUCCACAACCUGUCAUUCACAGAGAUGUUAAGUCAUCAAACAUAUUACUGUCUGAUGAUUUUGAGCCACAGCUUUCUGAUUUUGGGCUUGCAAAGUGGGCGUCACAAUCUACAACUCAGAUAAUCUGCUCCGAUAUUGCAGGAACCUUUGGCUAUUUAGCUCCAGAGUACUUUAUGUAUGGCAAGAUGAACAAUAAGAUAGAUGUCUAUGCAUACGGUGUUGUACUCCUCGAGCUUCUUUCUGGACGAAAACCGGUUAAUAGUGAAUCUCCAAAGGCUCAAGAGAGUCUUGUUAUGUGGGCGAAGCCGAUUCUGGAUAACAA